UGGUGUGUCGCAAAGUGUCAAAAAUUUCGUCAUAACUUUGCGUUGAUGCUCGCAAGCUGUGUUGUUUUUUAACUAUUUCGCCAAAAUCCAUCAAAUUUCCACAAUAUUCAGCACGAGCAGAGUAAAAAACAUCUUGCACCCUCUUGUCGACGCGGAAAAUGCGAGCAGUCUUUUGAAGGCACACGAACCGAGAAUCAAGCGUGAGAAUGGCCAGCGUAGUAGAGUCGGCGACCUUGAAACAUCCGGACGACGGGACGCCCGCCCUCGAGGACUGCACCGACAAGUUCAACAAGGUGCUGGCGGCGCUGCUGAACCGGAACUUUACCAUCAACAACGACGUGUACCUGGAGAUGAUUGUGUCCCAUUUGGGGGAACAUCGCAACCUGUUGAAGUCGGCGGAGAUGUUUGUGUUUUUGGACGAUGCGCUGGGUCAGUGGGAGAGUGAGACGCUUCCGUCGGGGGAUGUGGCGGCGUUUACGUUGCAGGUGCUGGCGAUGAUCGUGGGGGACGAGUGGAGUUUUGCCCGGGUGCAGAACAAGAAGUUGCUGGAUCGGUUCCAGGACUGCGUCGGGCGGUUCCAGCACCCGUCGGUGAAGCUGGGCCACGUGCUGGUGUUGAAGGCCGUGUCGAGGCACGCGAUGGGGCUGGCCUGGAUCAAGAGUUCGGGGUCGUGGAGGAUUUGUUUGGACUAUUACAAUGGCCAGCUGCAGACGAUCUUUAUUACGAAGGAAGCGUCGCUGUUUAUUUACGAGGUUUUGGAGAGGUUCGGGAUGGUCGGGGAUUACGAGUUGGUGGAGGAAAUUGUGCGGAACAUUUUGUCGCCGUUGUUGGACGUGGUGUGGAAGAGUCCGGACCAGGAGCAUGCCGUUCUGGUGGACGAUGAGAAAUCACAGCGGAUUGUGACGUCGAUGUUGAAUCUGAUGUGUACGCUGUUCCGGAAGUUGCUGGUCAGUAAUAAGAGAUCGCGCGCUGCGUACCAUAUUUUGAUAACGUUUAAGUUCGAGCGGAACCUGUGGUGUUACGCGGAUGCCAUUCAGGACCACAGCGUGCUUACGAAGGUGUGGGAGACGCACAUUCUGGCGAACUGCACCCGACUUGGCUGCAUGGACAUUCCUACGGAAGACACCGCAGUGGAGGAUCUAAAGUUUGAAAAGUACACAAUCAACUUCUUUAACUAUGUGAAUUUUUCGCUCCGUCGCGGAAACAUCCCGAACGUAAUGCUGAUGGCCCAAAUGCAUCACCACGCGUGGAACCUGAUGGCGGACCGCGCCCCGGAAGAGGUCGUCCUCAAGAAUCAGAACAUCAAGUUUGGCGAUCAGAUUCUGCUGCUCCAGCUGUUCCCCGUGGUUUACGAAAUCAAGAGUCUCACCUCGAAGGACCCGCCGGAUUACAUUGAAAAGUUCUGCAUGCGGCUGUACGACAUCAGUUGCGAGUUCACCGUACGACUCAUGUACGCGUGCCGGGACGUGUUCGAGGCGUACAACACCGUCGUCGCCGAGAUGGCCAUCAAAUCGAUCCAGGGAAUCGUCUCGAUGAACACGCUCCCGCGUCCCCGGGCCAUCAUCGCGUUCCAGGUGUUCGUCUACGUGCUGAAGGAGUUCCUGCCGGACAUGUGCUACCUGGAGAACCAAUGCGACUUCUCCAAAACCGACCUGAUUCUGUCCAAACCGAACCUGCUCGCCGCAAUCAUCAACGCGCUGCACUCACUCAUCCAGAACUACAAAUUCAACUGGAAGGAGUGCAUCGAAUCGACCACGCUCGUCAACUUUAUGCUGAACCUUCUGGGGAACCCGAAUCUACCCCCGCGCCACGUCGUCCUCGCGCUCAAGCUAACCCAGCUGUCGAUCGAACACUUUCUCGCACCGAACCUGGCCCUGCUCAUGGACAACAUCGAGGGCUCCGGUCUGUCCUUUGUCGGCCGCAUCAUCUACCAGCGACUCCACGACAGCAACUGGGAGGUUCGCGACUCGGCCCUCGAGCUGCUCGCGUCCAUCGUCGAAAUCUCGGAAAUCAAAUUUCCCUCCUUCCAGAAGCACGUCCUGGACUGCGACAUCAUUCCGGUGGUGGAGGCGGCCGCGAAGAACGACUCCGAACCGUACGUGCGGGCGUCGGCGCUGCGCUGUCUCACGCUCAUGGUCAAGAUUCGGCUGCUGUGGGAGCACUCGCUCGUCCAGCUGAACCUGAUGAACCACCUGAUCACCGUGUUCGACAACGAGAGCGAGGGCGUGGUGCGGCGCGAAGCGGUCAACACCAUCCGGGAGAUUUACUCGAACCACAAGAUCCAGGCGCAGUGCUUGGACGCGGUGUUCUCGGUGCUGGCGUUCUCCGCCGCCAACGACCUGUACUGGGAGGUCAAGCUGAACGCGCUGGUCUUCUGGAAGGUGGUCAUGUGCCGGCAGUUUCAGCACCAGGGCAUGAUCGACGGAACGUUUCCGGCGGUGACGUUCUCGAAGGAGCACAAGAAGAUCAUCACGCUGACGAACAAGGAGAUUCUGCUGAGGCUGCGCAAGGUGUUGAACGAGUUGUCGCUGCGGGGGUGUCUCGGGGUGUUGCUGGCCUGCCUGGGGGACGACUGUGACCUGGAGGUGGUCCGACAGACGGUGGAGAUCAUCCGGCGGUUGAUGUGCUACCUGAACAAGUACAACUACAUGGAGGAGUGCGUGAAUCGACGCGUUGAACCGGCCAGCGACGAUCGCUCGGCGUUCGUGGCGGUCAUCGAUACAAACUACUCGGAGCACAAGCGUCCCUCGGACCACCAGCUGAAGAGCGCCCAGCGGAACGACGCCGACUACAGCAGCGGCAACGUGCCCUGCCUCAUCAACUCGGACGAGAUCAUCGACUCGAUCGUGAACCUGGACGACGUCAACCUGCUCUCGAUCACGUACAAACACAACAUGAGCGUCUCGUCGUCGGGACCGGAACCGACUGCCACGACGAUGACCCCCGCCGGCGGUGGCUGCCACUGCGAGGCGAGCAAACAUCACAACGAUCUGUUCCGGAAGUACGCCGAAGUUUCGCCGGAGGACUUCCUGAAGCAGGUCGCCGCCACGGACUUUGACGAGCUGAUCGCGGGCCGGGAAAGCUGGCUGCGGAAAACCGAAAGCUUCGGCUCGCUGCUGGACGACGUGCUGUUCUCGUACUACGCGGCCGAGGUCAACGAAGCCGACUGCUACUGAACGACGAAGGGAGGAGAGGUAAGUAUUGAUUUGUUUUAAUUGUAGUAGCACUUGCAAAGUGACGACCACACGACCGAAUGUGAUAAGGAUGAAGCGUCCUUUUUUUUUCUUCUUCAAAGCUUAGUGUUUUGAUGCAACAAUCGAAUUAUUUAGCGGGUUUUUAGAGAGAUUUUUUUCCGAAAUAAAUAUAGUUGUUCGUUUUGCAAAA